GACAGACUAUCGUUACUAACGCCCAUUAAAUGACAAUAGGAAAUUAAUCGAGUCGUGAAAUCACUUGCUACUCCGCACUACUGAGAGAAGACAUCUCCCUGCCUCACCAGCCUGUUUUCAUCUCCUCAGUCACACUUUGGGAUUUAAACUACGUCUGCGUCUCGCUCCUGCUGGCUUUGUUCUGCAUUUAGAUUUAUUGUUUCUCCUUUUCAUCGUCGCAAUGGCAACGCGAAUCGACAAAGAUGCUUGCAGAGAAGCAUACAAUUUGGUCCGAGACGACGGCUCUGAUAUCUGCUGGGCAUCUUUCAAGUAUGACGGAUCUACCAUUGUACCAGCGGGUCACGGGUCUGACUAUGUAGAGUUCAAGAGUCAGUGUACAGAUGAUGCCCGUCUCUUCGGGUUUGUGAGGAUCACGACGGGUGAUGCCAUGAGUAAGCGAGCCAAGUUCACCCUCAUCACCUGGAUUGGUGAGAAUGUCAGUGGACUACAAAGAGCCAAGAUCAGCACUGACAAGACACUGGUAAAAGACAUUGUUCAGAACUUUGCCAAGGAGUUCAUGAUCAGUGAUCCUAGGGAGUUGGAGGAAGACUACCUCCGCAAUGAGCUGAAGAAAGCUGGUGGGGCCAAUUACGAUGCCCAGGCUGAAUAGAACUUGGAGUGGGGUUUCCAUGGGGUUGGAACAUCCAAACUGGAUGAGAAGGAAGGGGAAAACUCAUCUCAUACAUGCACCCACAAACAAACACAUACACGCAUUUAGACAAACAUACAUACCUCAUCCCCCUCAGGAACUGUGAUUUUGCCAGGUAGGAUGUGUUCAAAAUCUACAGAUUUGUUAGCUUUGGAACAACAUUUCUAUGAACCAAUUCAUCUUCAGGGACAGGGGUAGGGGUUAGGCUUAGUGUUGGCAUUUAGGGCUUUUAAACCAUUUCAUCUGUAAUUUCCCUCUGAUUGUAUUGGUAGUUAAUGGAUAGGUUAAGGUGCAGGUUAGGAAUAGGGUUUUUUGGAGGAUUAUUUUCCUUAUACUAUCUUGUUCCAGCCAGGACUCAAAAUAUGUUGAUCCAAAAUCACAUCUUACUUGGCAAAGUCAAGGUGACCAUCCCUCUCACCAGUUUGGUCAUUGAUUAUUGAUCUACUGUACUGUGCAUCAUCUCACUGUCAUCUCAUCUAGUGCUGAGGUUAUGGUUUUCUUCAGUGGCAUUUUUGUAACUGUAAUUAGAGUUUUUUGAGGAAGCUCCCUUGGCUUAUGAUCAGAGUUGCCAUCACUGUGAUACGCUUUCAUAACAUUCUCAAUGGAAGCAAUGAAGAGCAUAUGAGUCCAGCAUUGUAUAGGGGUCUAAAUUAAUGUUCAUCUGCCUGCUGACUCUAAUACAGACCACUGUGUUUACUGUCUUAAUCUCCCAUGGAGAGGAAGACAUCAUGGAAUGUGUGCGUUUGUGUAUGUGUGUGUGCGUGAUUGUUUGCAGACGCUGCACUGUGACUGGCUAACUUGCAUGCAAGGGGGUAUAGACUUAAAUACUACCCCAAACUACUUUGGCUGUUUCACUCUCCACUUAACCAAGGAGCAGCCAUUUCUCUAGUGUAGCUUAAAUUUCAUUUUGAAUUAAAACCCCUAAGAAUGUUUUAUUAUUAUUAUUAUUAUAGGCUUUAUUUACAUUAACUAUAUGAACUGUGGUUGUUCCUUGGGAAUAAAAAUGCCUCCAGGUGCCAAGAAAAGCAAGAAGAUGAGCACAAAAGCAAUCAUUUCAGAAUAAAAUCAUUGUUUUUUCAAGAUAAUUGUCCUUGUGUAUUCCCUUUUGCUUUUUACAAUAUUUUGCAUGUUUCUGUGAAUGUUUGACUCUAUUGGCUGUGAACGAUUGGGCCUCUUGUUCCACUUAGGUAAUGCAAGCCACUUGGCACGGCACUGCUUUUCUACACAAAUACUAACAAUUCCAGGGGGCCAGGUUGUCAUGGCCACCACUGUGGUCAGACAGGCUCCAAACUGCUCUAAAGCUCGCCAUCUCCCUCCCCUUCCCUCUGUUCUAACCCCUAUUUUUCUCUGUCCUCAAUCUCUCCUACUCUCCCAUUCUGCCAUUUAGUCCCAACAGAUGUAAACCCAAAUGCAUAAUUGCUUAAUCCAUAAUCUAUAAGCCAGGCUGCUUUUAUGAUGCUGAGUUUUGGUGUGAAAGGGAGCCAUGAGGAAUGUAGACGUAAGAGAGCACUCUGAAAGAAAGCAGAAAUUGUGUCCUGUGAAAGAUCUGCUUUGUUUAGUGUUUGCAUUCUGCUAAUAGAUUACUCAAUUGGGUUGGCAGAGCUUAGUAUUGCUAUGGCGGAGUUGCAACAGGUGACAGUAUGUUGGAAGGUGUGUUGCGCUGCAACCUCAUAACCCUAUAUGAGUGUAUUUAGUGGUCAUUUUAAAGGCCACCAUCACUGUUAUUGCUUAUUCAUAGGGUUAGGGUUUCAAACCCGAACCCUUAACAUUAAGUAUAACACUUUUACAUGUGCUAAGACAUGAAUAAUACCUUGUGUUGUUUGAAGAGGAGAGGCAUUCUGUUGCUUUUCUUAGCAGUCAGAUUUAUGAUUUUUGCAUGGUGGAUUAUAAAAUGGGCAAAACAAUCCCAUAAACUUACAUUGUAGGAGGGACCCAAGCCAUAUCUAAGGACCCGAAUAUCAUAGAGACAAUUAGGGGUUAGGUGGGGUGGACUCUUUUGUCUUGGGAUUGUAAUGCCGGGUUCACACAUCCUUCGUGAGCGAGGAAAGAGCGGCAGGUUUUUGUUUCAGUGCCCACAAUAACAGAUGACACCAUUUACACUGCAAGCAUGAGUUGCGAGUUGACAUGUCCCAGAAGUGUCCCAGAUGUGGCAGUGAGUAGUUUCAGCAUUGAGCCUAUUUGUGCCAUGUGGCUCACGAUGAGCUCUGGCUCUGGGUGCAGUACAACACUAAAAGAAUCAGGAGAUUAUUGAAAAGACAAAAGUAUUCAAACCAAACCUGUAGUAUACUACAAUGUAUAUGUCUGCAUGCAAGUAAACUCAAUGAAAUAACUAAAUAAAGGAAAGAAUUUAUAA